AUGAGCCAGUUGAUAGUGGAUGAAGUUAAAACAAAUUUAACACACUUACAGCCAGAUACAUCUGCCAUGUACUCUGCAUUCCUGACCUUAGCUCUGUUGGCGGUCCAGUGUCCAGCCGGAAGGUCCGAGGCAGCAGCUGGCCAGCCACUCAAGGAUGAAGACAUCGCCAGGGAUAUCCACGAAUUCGUUCUCCACCUGAUGGACUGCCACUUGUCUCCAGCACUGACCCUAGCCGUUGUCAAGGAUGGUCGUGUUUUAUUAGCCAAUGGAUACGGACAUACCAGCAUUAACAAGUCACGUGCUGUCACAUCUGAGACCAAGUUCGCUAUUGGCUCCCUGACCAAGGCCUUCACAGCAACACUGGUGGCCCAGUGGUCAUUUUACCCAGCCUUCCGGGUCACAGAUGAGAUCCGAAGCUCACAGGCAACCUUGCGUGACCUCCUGUCACACCGGAUGGGUUUACCUUCCUACUUCAAAGCCUUGCAAAUGGGAUUUCCUCUGGGGAUGACCAGGGAUAAACUGAUGAAACGCCUGGUCUACAUGCCUUCCCACCAUUCCUUCCGUGAGAAGUUCAUCUACAACAACUACAUGUACACGCUGGCUGCUCACGUGGUCGAGAAAAUGUCAGGCAACAGGAAGUGGGAGGAGCUAGUUCGGGACACGUUUCUACGGCCCUUGAACAUGAGCAACAGCGGGUUCUUGAGCAACAUCAGUGACUUCUCUCAUUUUGCUCUCCCUUGUGCUGUCAUCAAUAGCUCUAUCGUUGACCUAUCCACGGAGCUGUUUAAAACUGUAAGCCCCUGUGAUCCAGCGGGAUCCAUCUAUUCAAACGCUGAAGACAUGGCCAAGUGGAUGAACUUUCUGCUUUCCAACGGAAGAGGCGCUGACAGACGGGUGGUUGUUGACCCGGAAGUGAUACUUAUGACGCUGGAGCCAGGCAUGAUCUCUAGCCUGCCAUUUGAGGAAUUGACCCGACCGAAGUUUCCGGUCUCCCACGUGGUGCAGAGCUACAACAUGGGCUGGCUGACCGCCAACUACCGAGGUUAUCGCAAAGUGUACCACACUGGAGGCGUGGUCACCCACUUCUCCAGGCUGUGGCUCUACCCAGACAUCAAGGCUGGCAUCUACAUCAAUGUGAAUGGACCUCGAGAGAAGAAUAAUAAGCACAGUUUAUUGGAGUCCUUGAUGUAUUUUGUCUCUGACCUACUUUUAAACGAAGAACCGUGGUUGAAGAAGGACGCUGUCUGCCAACACAUAGCUUCUCUACAACAGGCCACGUCAUCUGAAGGGCCUCAUACACUUCCAACCACUGACUCAUCCAUCUUCGAUUUACAGAUAAACUCAACUGAACUGGGCAACGCUUCGGUACACAAUCAUUCGUCAAGUUUACAGGAGUUUAUCGGCAACUAUUCCCACAAAUGCUUCGGUCGGAUAGAAAUCACAAAGGAUUCCCUAAAUAGCAAACUGGUAUUUAGAUUUGGUCGCUUUGGCUGGAUGAACUUAACCCACCUUUCUGGUUUGGACUUUUGGGGUUUAUACUUUGGCCCAUUGAGCUAUUUAAACUCAGGACCCGAUGCAGGAGAAUUGAUUCGCUUCCUUCGCAGUCCCACUGGAGAUAUUUCAGCCGUGUUGUACUCCAUGGAUGCACCAAAUGAUUUUAUUCAGUUUGAUCGCACGGAUAUGGUUGGACUCGAUUACGACACAAAUGGAGGAAACGGUCUCUUGUUACCAGUUUUUUUCCUUUAUUUCUUGGUGAUAUGUUGUAGCUUACAUCGGCUGUAG